GAUUUUGCUACAAGACAGUGUGAAGUGAAAUUGCAAAUUAUAAACACUUACCAACCACUUGCCGCACUUCUUUGCCGACCCGCAAAAACCCAGACCGGCUCAUCUCUCUUACAAUCAGAACUACAUAGAUUUUCUAUACAAGCCUCAAAAACCCUAUAUCUCGAUUUCAGUACAACAAUACCCUACAUUUGGCUAUUUUAUGCUUUGAUUUUGUUGCUGUUCGUUACGCUGCAAAUACCACCACAGCCACCGCCCUUGCUCGGUCCACAUUUCGAGUCGCAAUGGCGGCUCGAUCUCGAUCUCAUUCUCUGCUUAUCUUAGUAAUGAUGGCAAGUGUUCUCGUGGAGGAGACCGUUGAAAUUUCAUUCUCUUCGAAGCUGAUUCACCGAUUCUCUGAAGAAGUGAAGUUGCUUAGGGUUUCGAAGAACGAGAAGGUGAGCGAGGUUUGGCCGGAGAAGAAGAGCUUGCAGUAUUACCAGAAACUCAUGAACAGUGACGUCCAGAGGCAGAAGAUGAAGCUUGGACCUCAGUAUCAUUUUCUCUUCCCUUCUGAAGGAAGCAAAACGAUGUCGCUUGGAAAUGACUUUGGAUGGUUGCACUACACUUGGAUUGAUAUGGGGACACCUCAUGUUUCAUUUCUUGUUGCACUGGAUGCUGGGAGUGAUCUACUUUGGGUGCCUUGUGAUUGCAUGCAAUGUGCCCCCUUAUCUGCAAGCUACUACAACAGUCUGGACAGAGAUCUGAAUGAAUAUAGUCCAUCUCGUUCUAGUACCAGCAAGCAUCUAUCUUGCAGCCAUAGGCUAUGUGAAUUGGGUCCAAACUGCAAAAGCCCGAAGCAGCAAUGCCCUUAUGCUAUUGAUUAUUACACAGAAAACACAUCAAGUUCUGGAUUGCUGGUUGAGGACAUAUUACAUUUUGCAUCAGAUGGUGAUGAUGCUUUAAAUACUUCUGUUCAGGCUCCAGUGGUCAUAGGGUGUGGCAUGAAACAAAGUGGUGGUUACUUGGAUGGAGUUGCACCUGACGGUCUGAUGGGUUUAGGAGUGGCCGAAAUUUCCGUUCCAAGUAUUCUCGCCAAAGCUGGAUUGAUCCGAAACUCUUUUUCAAUGUGCUUUGAUGAGGAUGAUUCUGGGAGAAUAUUUUUUGGUGAUCAGGGCCCAAGUACCCAGCAAUCUACUCCUUUUCUGACUUUAAAUGGGAAUUAUACAACAUAUAUUGUUGGAGUGGAUGCUUUUUGCGUUGGCAGUUCUUGUCUUAAGCAGACAAGCUUCAGAGCACUAGUUGAUACUGGCACAUCAUUCACAUUUCUUCCUGUUGAUAUUUAUGAAAGAAUUACUAAGGAGUUUGACCGACAAGUGAAUGCUACGAUCUCUAGUUUUGAAGGUUAUCCUUGGAAGUAUUGCUAUAAAUCCAGCUCAAACAUGCCCAAGGUUCCAUCUCUGCAGCUCACUUUCCCACUAAACAACAGCUUUGUGAUCCAUAAUCCUGUUUUUAUGAUUUAUGACAUGCAGGGAAUUAGUGGAUUUUGUUUAGCUGUUCAGCCAACUGAUGAAGAUAUUGGAACCCUUGGACAGAAUUUCAUGAUGGGAUAUCGAGUGGUAUUUGAUAGGGAAAAUUUGAAGUUGGGCUGGUCACGCUCUAGUUGUGAAUUUCGAGAUGAUGGUAAGAGGAUGCCUCUUACACCUCUCAACCCAUUACCGACGAAUGAGCAGCAGAGUGCUCCAGGAGGACAUGCAGUUUCACCUGCCGUUGCCGGAAGAGCUCCAUCUAAACCAUCAGCUGCCUCGACCCAGCUAAUAUCAUCCCGGUUUUGUUUGUUGAAGUUGUUAAUGAUGAUGCUUCUGCUGCACACGCUCAUUCACGUUUUGUGAGUAAAUUCUGGCUGUCUUCCACGAGUAAGUUCUAUUCUUUAUAGAGUCCUCUACACGUAAAUUAAGUUUGUCCUCUCCAUUUU